GCGUGCCGCGCAGAGUGCGACCGGUCGUGCCCCCGAGAGGACCUGCUGGCCGGUGCUCCGUACACCUGUGAGUUCGCAGCCCGAUAGGACCGUGAAUUCGGCUCCAGUGCCAUAGACUGAGAGGAGCUCGCAGUUCCCCGGACAGAGGCCCGUGACACACGGACAGUCUCACGGCGACCUGCGACGGACAUAGUCGGUCCUGACGAUCGCCAGCGUCGCAGUCGACGAUCGACUGGGCUGGAAGCGGUUAGCGGGUCGAUAGGCCACCUGGCGCACCUGGCGGAGGCGCCCCGUCCCCCUCGUCACGAGCGCCACCCACUCGGCAUAUCGCCUGACUGCGGUAAACAGCCAUCCCGCUCCAUCGAGAUCGACGCGACCUGACGACCGGCAUCGCUGCGUUGUCAUGGUUACCGUCUGAGCGGGGACGUCAACAAGCUCUGAUCAUUAGCUGCAUCAACGGUGGUGUGUAGGAGACUCUGAGAUGGAGCUGCGACGGAUGGCGGCCGCGGUGGCGCUGCUGGGCCUGAUCAUAGGGACGGCAGGAUCGAGGGUCACACUGGUGGACAACGGCUACUCCGGCGUCGUCAUCGGCAUCGACGAGCGCGUGGACGUGCUGCAGUGCGAGGAGCUGCUGCUGAACCUGCAGCAACUGGUUGGGAACGCCUCUUCCUACCUAUACACCGCGACCAGUCGGCGGGCCUUCUUCCGCGACGUGACGGUGGUGGUGCCGAGCUCGUGGCCCCGCAGCUGCACGGGCGGCGCCACGCCCGGCCAGGCCACCACCCAGAGCUACCUGACGUCGGACGUGAGGGUCAGCUCUGCCCACCCGGUGUACGGCGCGGCGCCGUGGACGCAUCAGGCCGGCCUCUGCGGACAGCCGGCCGCCUUCGUCCAGUUCGCCGCCGACUUCGUCGCCUCUGGCGACACGGAGACUUAUGGCGAUCAAGCGCGCGUGCUGGUGCACGAGUGGGCCAAGUACCGCUGGGGCGUAUUCGAGGAGGCCGGCUACGCCGAGGACCCGCUGUAUCCGUCCUUCUACCAGCUGUCGGCCGGCCAGUGGGCCCCCACCGGCUGCGCCGACGCGCCCGUCGCCGGCACCGUCGAGCCGUCUGGCUGCGAGGAGAGCUCCAACACUUGCACCUUCGUCCCGUUCUUGAACGAGACUAACGACGCCGUCGCCUCGUCCGUCAUGUACCUGCAGGCUCUCAGACAGGUGAAGAACUUCUGUGAUGAUAGCAACCAUGUGAGCUCUGCUCCGACCAAGCACAACCUGCUGUGCGGAGAGAAGUCUGUCUGGGAGGUGAUGGAGGCUCACGAGGACUUCCAUAACGGCAACAACCCACCGAACGCCAACGCAACGCCACCGGAGGUCAACUUCAGGGUCGUCAAGGCAACCACCGACCGCUUCUUCUUCCUUCUCGAGAGCACAGUAACGAUGCGCCAGCAGGAGCGCUGGGACUAUGUCAGUAACUCCAUCCGCAAGUUCAUCAACUGGGACGCCCCGACGGGCAUCCAGGUGGGCAUCGGCCACUUCGGCUCGGCCUAUCGGACUGACCGCAACCUGACCACGGUGCCGGCGUCGCUGAUGGGUCGCGGCGAGCUGGCCAACCUGCCGCCGAUCGCCGACAAUGUCAUGGAGAGCGACAAGAGCUGGCGGUUCGCCCUGGACGGCGCGCUGCUGGCGCUGGGGCAGCAGGCUGCCGGCUCCACCAUCAUCUGGGUGACCGGCAACGGCGCCGGCAGCGAGGUCCAGCCGCAGGAGGACGACAUCCAGUACAUGAUCGGCCGUCUGCAGGACAAAGAGGCUCGUCUGGCUGUCGUGUUCUACCCGUUCGUGACGCCGGGCCUAGCACGUGUCGCUAUGGCGACCGGCGGUGACGUGAUCUCGGUGCCAGACGUAAGUGUGGGCACCCACACGUCCAUCAGCGUGUUCCACGCGCUGGCCGACGCCUACGUGUACACCUUGGACAAGUACAUCUCCAACAGGCGGCUGGUGCGCGUCCAGGUCGAGGACACCCAGUUCGAGGGGAACGGCGCCACCGCGCGAGGCUCGUUCCUCAUCGACAACACGCUCGGCGUCAACACUACCUUUACGGUGCUGUUCGGCUCGCGCUCCGACAUCGGCUACGUGCGCCUGCGCGCGCCGGGCGGCACCAUGCAGCAGGUGUACACGUACCCGGACAGCACCAACCACCUGAUGUACACACCCGUGCAGCCCACGCAAGGCCAGUGGGAGUACGAGGUGGACAACCUGGCGCCAUCGUACGGCAGCAUCUUCGUGCAGGUGACCUCGUCGCCGUCCUCCUCUGAAGACACGGUGCGCACCGAGGUGUGGACUAGCGCCGACGGCACGGGCACCCUGAACGCCACCGGUGCGCCACUCAUCGUCUACGCCUCGGUGAUGCGAGGAAAUGCCCCAGUGCUGGACGCUGAGGUGUACGGCGUCAUCACCGGCCCGGGCAACGAGACCACGCGCAUCCCGCUACUGGACAACGGCCUCGGAGUUCCGGACGUCCUGUACGGCGACGGCAUCUACUCGCGCUACUUCACCGAGUUUGGCGCGCUGUCGGACGCCGGUCAGCUCUUCACUGUGCGGGUGGAGGUGGGCGGCGCGCGCGCGCGGGUCGUCACCGGCCGUGCCCUGGUCGCUCCGCGGGCGGUGCCCGUCGACGGCACGGUGCCCUGCUGCGGCUCCACGGUGGGCAACGUCACCACGGUGCCUGUGUUCGACCUGAGUCGGACCGCCUCGGGUGGCGGGGUGCUGGUCACCGGCGCCGCCGACCCGACGGUCGAUCUGUACCCGCCCAGCCGGGUCACCGACCUGAUGGCCGAGCCGAACGCCGAGGAGCAGACGAUCGCCUUCAGCUGGUCGGCGCCCGGCGACGACUUUGGCAAGCCCGAUUCAACAGUGGCGUUGUACGAUGUGCGUUUCUCGGAGAGCCGAAACCAGCUGCGGGACCACUUUUCCGAGUGCCAGGCCGUCUCCGAGUGGAGCCAGCCUGAGCCGACCGGCACGCCCAGCCUCGCCGUCAUCGACUUCCACACCGUCGACACCAUGUUCUUCUUCGCCAUCCGCGGGGUCGACGAGGCCGGAAACGCGGCUGAGCUCUCCAACAUAGUGUCUGUGGUGAUGCCGCCGCCGCCGCCGACGCCGUCGCCCGUGCCGCCGACCGGGACCUCGGCGCCGCCGCAGCCGACCUCGCCCACCUACGACAACACGCUGCUGCUCAUCGUGCUGCUGUGCGCGGCAGGCGUGAUGCUGGUGGUCGUGCUGCUGGCUCUCUACUACUUCCUCUGCCACCGGCGCAGGAAGCCCGACCCGGGCACCGGCAGCGUGAGCUCGACGCGACACAUCACCACCGUCACCGUGCCGCCUGUGGAGAGCCGCGAGCCCACGCCCGUCAAGAUCGCCUACGACAUGGAUAAGGAGACGGGUGUAAAAAUCGUCUCUGAUGGCCAGACGCCGAGCAUGUGGACCGCCUCGGACAUCCUAGACACGGGCCGCGAGCACCGGCGACACAGUCCCGACGACAGCUACGGAAACUACAGCAACGGCCUGACACUGAGCGCCGCGCACCUGCAGAGCGGCGCCGCCGGCCGGGCGCGCUACAACAGCUACCAGACGCCCUACGUCGAGGACAUGACCUACGACGGCCGCUCGCUGGUCAGCACCCAGCCGUCCGACUCGUUCCUCUCGCUCGCGUCCGACCCGCGGCAGCGCAACAACAACACGCUCUCGGAGGGCGGCGAGCCGGCCGGCUGGCCCAGCGACAAGGACUCGCUGGUGGCGGCGCAGCGCGGCCGGCCGGGAGGCCGCGCGCCGCCGCCCACCCUGCCCAAGCCGCGCCUCAGCCCGGUGGACGGCGGACCGCCGAGUGUGCGCGGCUCUGUGGCCGGAGACCGGCGGCUGCGCAGCGUGACGCAGGUGUAGCGCCGCGCCGCCGUGGACUCCCAGUGUGACACAGGGAGAGAGGGUGACGGCGCGACCUCAGCGUGCCUCGGACUCCCACUGUGAGACAGGCGCGAGCUAGGCCGUGCCGGACGCUUGUCGCUCACGUUCAACCCAAAGAGGUGGCCGGUGGGCUCACCGCGAGAAGGCCAGGCGCGCCCGGCUGCGCACAGAGGCCACAUCUCGGCUGUGAAACGGGCUCUGCGUCCGACCAGCGAGUGUUUGUACCGUGUGGCACCGCCUGGGGAGAUGGACGUUUGUAUGGUGCGCAUCCCUCCGUGAGAUUGACCGUUGUACCGUGCGCAUCCCCUCGUGGGCUAGAUGUUUGUACCGUGCGGCACUGCACCCAACCGGAGGCAGCUGAGCAGCACCUUGACAAAACAGGGCUCGUUUCACCACUAUUUUAUACCUACAUAGCAUUAGACGAUAUCAAUGUAUGCGUCAUCUAGUCACAAUGUACUGCCCAAUAAAUGUUACAUGCAAA